CUUGAGGCGCCAGUCUCUCCCUGCAGUCACCCCAGGAGGAGCCCCAGAUCCAUUUCCCCCACCACUGCUGUCCCAGCUAUGGCCUUUGGUGACCUCCUGGAGAAGGUGGGCAGUGCAGGUCCCUUCCAGCUCCUCUGUGUCCUGCUGCUCACUGCGCCUGCCCUCCUCAUCGCCAGCCACAACUUGGUGCAGAACUUCAGUGCUGCCUCCCCUGAACACCAGUGCCGCCCCCCGCUACCAGGCGCCAACGCCAGCUGGGUGGGCAACACCACUGCAGCUCAUGAGGGGAUCUUCCUGGCUCUGCACUCGGCGCGGUGCUGGCGCUUGGCAGGCACCCCUGGGCAGCAUCCAAGACUCAACAGCUCGCUGGGCAGAGCAGGAGAGACAGAGCCCUGCCAGGACGGGUGGUACUACGAUCACAGCACCUUCUCCUCCACCAUCGUCACGGAGUGGGAUCUGGUGUGUGAUCUGGGCCCCCUCCCAGCACUGGCGCAGACGCUGUUCAUGGCAGGGGUGCUGCUUGGAGCCCUCCUCUUCGGCAUCUUCUCAGACAGGUUUGGGCGGCAGGUUGCCCUGCUAGGUUCUCUGCUGUUGGUGGCUGUCAUGGGAACUGGUGCUGCUUUCUCGUCAAACUUCCUCACCUACUGCGCUUUCCGCCUGCUGAGCGGGGUUGGCCUGUCAGGCUUCCUCCUCAACUACAUCUGCCUCAGUCUGGAAUGGGUCCCCACCAAGUCCCGCGCCUUGGUGGUGACAUGGCUGAGUUACUGCAGCACGGCAGGCCAGGUGGUACUGGCCGGCCUGGCCUACGGCAUCCGGGAUUGGCGCUGGCUGCAGCUGGCCAUUUCCACCCCUUUCUUCGUCUUCUUCCUCUGCAUCUGGUGGAUCCCAGAGUCUGCGCGCUGGCUCCUCGUCAACCACAGGCCUGCGAUGGCGCUGAGCACUCUGCAACGGGUGGCCCGCAUCAAUGGGAAACAGCUGGGUAGGAACAGCCUCUCCCUGGAGGUGCUGGAGAGAGUGGGGGGCAGCCCACCCAAGAAAGGCACUUGCUCUUGCCUGGACCUGUUCCGCACGCCGGCCAUGAGACGCAUCACCUGCUGCCUUAUGAGUGUCAGCUUCUCCACCAACUUGGCCUACUUUGGGCUCUCCAUGGAUUUGCAGGCCUUUGGCCUGGACAUCUUCUUGGUGCAGACGUUCUUUGGAGCCAUUGACAUCCUGGCCAAGAUGGCCUGUGCCCUGGCACUGAGCUACUUUGGGCGCCGAGCUGUCCAGGCCAGCUCCCUCAUCCUGGCUGGCACCUUCCUGCUGGGGAACAUCCCUGUGCCCAGAGAGAUGCUGAUGGUGCGACUGACUCUUGUGGUGCUGGGAAAAGGAUGCUUGGCUGCCUCCUCCGUCUGCUCCUAUCUGUAUGGAGGAGAGCUCUUUCCAACUGCUGUCAGGCAGACAGGCACUGGCUUCACCACCGUGGUGGCUCGUCUGGCUGGCAUGGUGGCCCCAGUGGUGCUGGUGGCAGAGCAGCAAUUUCCUUUCCUGCCGCUGGUGAUAUUCGGGGUGGCUCCCAUCGUCUCCGGUGUCGCUGCCUGCUUCCUGCCAGAGAUGCACAACGUCCCCCUGCUGGACAGCAUAGAAGAGGUGGAGGCCAGAGCAAGGCGGAAAGGUGAGGAGGCGCCUGUUGAGGAGAACAUGGAUCACAUUGUCCACUCAACCAGGAUCUGAGCAGCCUUCCCUGCCCCCCAAGACCUCCAGCCUUGGGCCCUCGGUGCACAGGUGCAGGCUGCACCAAAGGGCCAUCAUGGAGGGGGAAGCCACCUGCUGCUCCCUUUGCAACUUAGGGCUCAGCCCCCUUAAAGAGACAGGGCAAACGGUGGGCGGGGGGCACCAAGUUGUGCCACUGAGCUGUCCGCUAAUGACGGGCCCUGCGCCUCGCACACAGGGAGCCUGUGAGACAUGGAGAGAACAGGGAUACACUCCCCCAAACAACUUUGCCAGAUGUGACUGUAAUGGCUCUCCUCUGUGGUGUAUUUUGGCCUGACACCUGCCCCUCCCUCUAGCCUGCUUGGGCUGUGAACUGGCUCCCUCUGGUGGUGCAUAUUGGCCUGACACCCAUCCUCCUAAAAUGAUUCUCUCCGGAAGGAGGAGUACUCAGGGGUGGCUCAUGGGACACUGGUUCAUGUCCUGCUGCGGACUGAGACCCUGCCAACAGAUUUCACACCUGCUGAUGCGUCAGCACCAAGCUGGGCUUGGAUUGGAUCCUGAGGCCAAACUGAUGAUCGUCAGAUCUUUGGGGCAAAGUGGGAAGAAAGCCUGGGAGCUCUGAAAGCAUCGGUGGCUCACCACUAGGUGCAAGUGUUUGGGGAGCAGCUAGACUGCUCAGACAAGCUAUGCAGGAGGUGUGGUAACCGAAUCCAAACUAUAACAGUCACCAAUGGGGCCGUGUGUGGCAUCCAAGCCCCCAGGGAGCAGGGAUAAGGAUAUGUGUGUGUGGGGCGGGGUGCCUAGGUGAGAUUUUCUGCUCUUGGUCCUGUGGCCUUCUGUACAUUUUGUAA